AUGCGAUUAAACCGACUGUUACUUUAUGGUACACUGUCGGUUUUGAUCGUAACAUCAGUCCAGAAGACCGAACCAGGACGAAAACCAACGGAUAAGAAUGUAGUUGCGCUCAACAGUGAAGGUGAAAGCGAACCUGCAGAAAGAAAAGCAAAAAGUACUUUUGCUGAUCUAGCAAUUUCUGCUGAAGAUAUAGAACUUGUCGAGGAACAUGGUGUACCGCCGCAGCCGCCUCCUUUAACACCUGGCGAAGAAUAUAUGCCCGAGAAGGCUGCUGCUGUUACUGACGAGCAUGUGGAAGCGACCUAUCAACAAGCGUUGAGAUUUCUUGAACGAGGACGUGGACAUGGCGUCGAAGCAUAUGCUCAUCUUUUUGGUGACCGAGCGCGAUGGUCCAUUGAUGAGGCGAGGAAAAUUUUUGAGGAACUUGCUGAAAAUGGUUCACCUGAUGCUCAGCUCGGUCUCGCCUUCAUGCAUGCUACAGGGCUAGGCAUGGCGAAAUCGAAUCAAGCCAAGGCUCUUGUAUACUACAUGUUCUCAGCGCUGGGUGGGAAUCCGCUCGCUCAGAUGGCCAUGGGCUACCGCUAUUAUGCUGGGAUUGCUGUCCCUCAAAAUUGUGAGAAUGCAUUGUCGUAUUACGAGAAGGCUGCUCAGAAAGUCGCUGAUGGUUUUAGAUUUUCCACCGGUCUUGCUAUUCAGCGUAUAAGAUUGACUGAUGAAAUGGAACCGUCCUCAACGAACACAGUGACAGUUCCCAUGGAUCAAAAUUUGAUCGAAUACUAUAGGUUCUUGGCUGAGAAGGGCGAUGUCUCUGCG